UAUACCGGGAAGGACAUAGGGCGGUUUGUUAUUUAGAGAGAGUUGAGCACUUGAGCCUGGGGAGUGGGGGGUUAAUAAAACGCAGUGGAAGAAGCCGUUAACGCCCUAAGAACCCUGGGCAACACGCCACCGCCAACAAAGCCUUCACCGCCUUGUCGCACGUUGAGGAUUUCCGGCCCCUUCCACGAUUGUUAAGAAGCAUCACCUGCUGUUGUUUAAAUGACAGAAACCAGCUGUUCUGACAGCUGCUCUGAGACAAAGCCUGAUGUGAAAAUUCAACUGAUAUAUCGGUGUAAGAAAUGCCGACAAAUUGUUGCUUCACAAGAGAGUAUAGUUUCGCAUGAGCAAGGUAAGGGGGAGGCAAGCUUUAGAUGGGGAAAGAAGAAGGUUGAAAAUGAUUCAUUGCCCGAAUGCACUGCCAUAUUUGUCGAGCCUUUGAAGUGGAUGCAAACAGUUCAAGAAGGGUAUAUAUAUGAGAAGCUCUAUUGCAUGGGGUGCAAGUCUCGAUUAGGUUCUUUCAACUGGGCAGGCUUGCAAUGUAGCUGUGGCGCUUGGGUUAAUCCAGCUUUUCAGAUUCUUAAAAGUCGGAUAGAUGAAUGCCGUAUAUGAGUUUUGUUGAUGAAUUUAUAGUUAUUUUAGUUGAGCAUAAUUAAUCUAAGCUUGAAGCAUGUUUUGAUUCUGUUUCAUGGAUAUACUUUGUAUAUAUAUUUGCGCAAGGCUUUCAGCAAUGCCAAAAUGUGUGGAAAAUUUCACUAAACCAUCUGUUGUAAGUUGUAACUACUUCCGUAUCUCUUUUUAACUGCUAAUAUUCGCCGUCUCGUACCUUUUAAAUCAUAAGCGAGCUCCAUGCUUAUUGUUGUUAGUUUGUUA